AUGCCACUCCAAUUCUGGAGGUCGCCCGGCCAGGGCUCCAAGGACACCGACCCACUACUCGAAGCAGCAUUUCCUCCGCGAAUGGAGGAAGAUUGCCUGAAGAUCGAUGACGAGGAUAGCGAUGAUAAUAGCGAUGGGGACGAGGACGAGGACGAGGACGUGAAAGAGACUCGUGCCGAGCGGUUGCGCCAAAGUGGAGGCUGGCUUGGCUACCUGAAAGACUUUACCAUCUUUCUGCCUUACGUCAUACCCAAACGAGACGUCAAAGUUCAGAUCUGUCUGCUUAUCUGCCUCGUUACGAUUGCGAUGCAGCGCGUCCUGCAAGUCGCCAUUCCAUACGUCCUUGGCGUGAUUGCAGACAAAGUCACGCACGGAUCGAUACCUAUCCGAGAACUCCUCAUCUUCCUUCUCUUGGACCACCUUAACAGCGAGUCGGGAUUGAUCUUCAUUCAAGAGCUGUCCAAGAUACCCAUCAAGCAGUUCUCGUACAAGCAAUUGACCAACGCUGCUUUCAGCCACGUCAUGUCGCAGUCGAUCGACUUUCACUCUACGCAAGACUCAGCCGAGGUCAUGAAGGCCGUUGAGCAGGGCGAAGCGCUGGGCAACGUACUCGAGACGGUGGUCAUCGAAAUUUUGCCAACCUUGAUCGACGUCAUCGUUGCUUGUACCAUCUUCUACCAGAAGUUCACUCCGGCGGUGGGCAUGGUCCUGCUUGGCGCAUCAAUCGCCUUCCUGGCUGCCGAAGCCUUGUCUUCACGGUUCACAACCGGCCUCCGGAGAAGAGUGACGAAGGCUGAGCGGAUCCAGAUACGGAAGAUGCACCAAGCGAUUCAAGGUUGGCAAACUGUGGCGUACUUCAACCAGUUCAAGAGGGAGGCCAGUUUACUCUCAAGUGCUGUAGGCGACCACAUGAGGGCAAGGACACGUUUCGAAGUACGAGAAGCGCUGAUCAAGGCUGUUGUUGAGCUGCUAGUACCGACUACCUUCUUCGCCCUGGCUUACCUCAUCCUCCAGCGCAUUGCUGCGGGCACGGCAUCCCCGGGAGACUUCGUCUUCUUUCUCACAUACUGGGACUCCAUCAUCUACCCGCUGAAAUUCUUGACCGAUCAUGUCCGGUGGCUGGUGCGUGACUUUGUGGACGCGGAACGAGUUCUUCACCUUCUGCAAACCCAGCCAACAGUCACCGACGCACCCGAAGCCUACCCGCUCGCGGUACAGGAUGGCGAAGUCCGAUUCGAAGACGUGUCCUUCAAGUACGACUCCAGCCGCUACGCACUUCGGGAUGUAUCGUUCACGGCGUCGCCGGGUCAGACCAUCGCUCUCGUAGGCCAAACCGGGGCCGGCAAAUCGUCGAUUCUAAAACUCCUUCUACGCCUGCACGACGUCACAUCCGGUAGCAUUACCAUCGCCAAGCAGAACAUCCGACACGUUACAUUGAGUUCACUUCGCGACGCCGUAAGCGUGGUUCCGCAGGCACCCACGUUCUUCAACACCUCAAUCAUGGAGAACGUGCGAUACGCACGCGACAGCGCGACCGACGAAGAGGUUUACGAAGCCUACAAUACGCACGUCGGCGAGCGCGGUGUCAAGCUGUCGGGUGGCGAGGCGCAAAGACUUGCGAUUGCGAGGGCGCUUCUCAAGGACGCACCGAUUGUUCUGCUGGAUGAGGCGACGAGUGCGGUAGACACAGUGACAGAGAGGCAUAUCAAGGCAGCACUCGAGAAGCUCAAAGAAGGAAGGAUUGUAAUUGUCAUCGCCCAUCGGCUGAGUACGAUUGUAGAUGCGAGCUCCAUCUUGGUGCUGCACGAGGGGAGUAUCGUGGAGAGGGGGACGCACGAAGAGUUGUGCAAGAAGAAAGGGCGGUAUUACGGGCUGUGGAAACAGUCAUGA